AUGAAAUUUAUAGCCGGUGAGUUUCAAAUAAUUAUUUCUAUAUUCUUUUAUACUGAUACUUUAUUAAUAUUUUAUAGAUAUAUUGGCAAUGUAUUUAUGACAACUAAUUUAUCAAAAGAAGAAAUGCUAAAAGAACUUGAAGAAAUAAUGAAAACAGAUCCAAACAUUAAAACUACUAUUACGAUAAAUCAAUCAUUAGAAUAUCUUGAUGCUAGUAUUGAAAAUAAUAAUGGAAACUUAAAAACAACUAUUUAUCAUAAAUCAGCUUGUGAACCCUAUAUUCUACCUUAUAAAUCUGACCAUCCACGAUCUAUUCAUGCCAAUAUAAUUUAUACAAUAUUAGUUCGAGUAGCACGUAUCUGUUCAACUGUGGAAGAUUUUGAUAUGGAACUAUUAAGUGUAAAAAUGAUAUUAUUUGUUAAUGGUUAUCCACCAAAAUUUAUACAACAUCAUUUAAAAAACUUCUUUGUUAAACAUGAUGCUAUGAAGAUAUGGACUGAACCAGACAAUGCAACAUAUUAA